AUUGAAGUCUCUUUUCCAUUUGAGUCGACAGACGAGAGAAACUGGAGACUGAAUCAGAGUGAGUGUUAAUCCAAUAUCUUCAUUAUUAAACUGUAAAAGUGUGUGAGACAUUUUUUUUACCUAGCUGUGGACUGUGAAGAAAGAGAUGUUGGACUGAAGUCUACUUUCACUUUCACAUUUUUUUUUUCACAUUAAAACGGCAGUGAACUAAUAAUACAACAACAGAUUUGAAGAAAAGUGUCCAUGUAUAUUUUUAACUUCCAGAACAGGAUGGGGACAGAAACAAAGAAGGACAGAAAAAGGUCUUCAGUACGCUCUGAUCAGUCUGUGAGGAGUGAUCGGUCUAGAGAAAUUCCCCCCCGCCUCUCUGAUAAAUCUGAGUCCUCAGAGACAGAGUAAGAAAACUGAGACUAACUCUAUCAAAGGAUUUAUUCUGAUUUCAUCUAAUGACUUCAUUUUGGUUUUGUGUUUUUCUUUGUAACAUUUUCACAUCAUUUUAUAAAAAAGUUAAGUAUUUAAACUCUUUUUUUGUUAAUAGACAACUAGUGCUGUCACAAUUUAAGAUUUUCGACACAUCCUCAACAAGGCCAUAAACUAACUCAAUAUUAUUGCAGUAUUUAUGGAAAAGUUCAAAUCAAAACAACACAAUCAAACUGGUGAAUGGCAAAACAAAGGUGGAUCAGUGCAUACUUCAUAAACCUACGUGUUAUAAGCCAUAUCUAAUGAUGUUCAAAUUCAUGAUUCACCCACAUCACCAGCCCUGUGUAUGAACCUUCUUUGGAGAAGACAUUGCUUCAUAAAACAAUUGUUUGUCAUGCUAUUUCGGUAUUUUUACGUUGUGUCCUAAGGUUGCUAAAUUUCCUGUAACAUUACCUAUGCUUUUGUUUUGAAGUACGAGCGACAAGGCAACCCCCUGUGCUGAGUGUCAGGGCGUCCUGGAAGGUUCAGUCCUCUUCAGCUGUGGACACAGGCUCUGCAGACAGUGCCUGAGCUCACACAGGGACCAGUCUGGUUCAUCAGGAGACCCCCACUGUCCCCACUGUGGAAAAAAAUCCAGAACAGAACACGGUAAGACAGUCUGCUGAUAUGAUCAUAUCUAAGAACACCACUUGUUGUUUCAGUACAGAGACAUACGUUGUGUCAUAAAGCAUCCACAAUUCACAUCUUCAUAAAUAUCUUCACAUUUUAACUGAUCUGUUCUGCUCCAGCACAAACAUCUGCUCUGAGUCUCAUCCUGUAUUCUUCUGCAAGGAUAAAAUCAGAGCCCAAAACCAAGACAUUUCUGUUAAAGGGUAAAAUGUGUAUAGUUAAGUGAUGCAGAUUUGUGUUGAACUGGAAUACAAUAUGUUUAAACUGGUGUAUAAUCAUCUAAGUUGUUUUAUUUUGUUGACCCAGAGUAAGCUUUUCAUAUCAACAAAGGAGCAGAUCCCCUUGCACAUAGGCUGCUAUCUUGCACAGUCAUGUGUCUACAGCACCACAGAACAGAAUAUUUUUGUCCUCACAGGCCACCAGCACUUCUGGGGCUAUCAGGGGGUAGACAUACUUCUGAUUUUUUAGAAAAUCUCAACUUUUCGGCUUAAUUCUUUUUAUGUUAUUUUGAUGUCCUGCAAUAAUUACCAUCAUCAUUGUCCACAAUUAUCCCCCCCCCCCCCCCCUUUGUUGUUGACAGGUGGUCCGCAGAAGGUUUUAGAUAAUCAUAAGAUCAGUCUGAAGAGGAGAUGUGAAUUUGUGACUGAAGGAACAGAUAAAACAGGAGGUGAAACCCUCCUCAGCACGAUCUACACUGAGCUCUACAUCACUGAAAGACAGAGCGAAGAGGUGAACACUGAGCAUGAGGUGAGACAGCUUGAGAAAACUUCCAGGAUGGAGACCCUCCAUGAGACUCCAAUCAAGUGCCAGGACAUCUUUAAAGCCUUACCUGACCAGCAGAAAAACAUCAGAGUGGUUCUGACCAACGGUGUGGCUGGUGUUGGAAAAACCUUCUCCGUGCAGAAGUUCACUCUGGACUGGGCAGAGGGCUCAGAAAACCAAGAUAUCAGUCUGGUGGUUCUUCUCUCAUUCAGGGAGCUGAACUUGAUCAAAGAUAAGCAGUACAGUCUUCUGAGUCUGCUCCAGGUUUUCCAUCCAACAUUACAAGAGGUCACAGCAGAGACGCUUGCCGUCUAUAAACUUCUGUUCAUCUUUGACGGUCUGGAUGAAAGCAGACUGUCUCUGGGUUUCGAAGACUCUAAGAUUGUGUCUGACGUCACACAGAAGUCUUCACUUAAUGUUCUGUUAACAAAUCUCAUCGAGGGGAAUCUGCUUCCCUCAGCUCUCAUCUGGAUAACUUGUCGACCUGCAGCAGCCAAUCAGAUCCCUUCUCAAUAUGUGGACAGGGUGACAGAAAUACGAGGCUUCACAGACGCUCAGAAGGAGGAGUACUUCAAGAAGAGGUUCAGGGAUGAAGAUCUGUGCUGCAGAAUCACCUCCCACAUCAAGUCCUCCAGGAAAUUCAUGAUUCACCCACAUCACCAGCCCUGUGUAUGAACCUUCUUUGGAGAAGACAUUGCUUCAUAAAACAAUUGUUUGUCAUGCUAUUUCGGUAUUUUUACGUUGUGUCCUAAGGUUGCUAAAUUUCCUGUAACAUUACCUAUGCUUUUGUUUUGAAGUACGAGCGACAAGGCAACCCCCUGUGCUGAGUGUCAGGGCGUCCUGGAAGGUUCAGUCCUCUUCAGCUGUGGACACAGGCUCUGCAGACAGUGCCUGAGCUCACACAGGGACCAGUCUGGUUCAUCAGGAGACCCCCACUGUCCCCACUGUGGAAAAAAAUCCAGAACAGAACACGGUAAGACAGUCUGCUGAUAUGAUCAUAUCUAAGAACACCACUUGUUGUUUCAGUACAGAGACAUACGUUGUGUCAUAAAGCAUCCACAAUUCACAUCUUCAUAAAUAUCUUCACAUUUUAACUGAUCUGUUCUGCUCCAGCACAAACAUCUGCUCUGAGUCUCAUCCUGUAUUCUUCUGCAAGGAUAAAAUCAGAGCCCAAAACCAAGACAUUUCUGGUAAAAUGUGUAUAGUUAAGUGAUGCAGAUUUGUGUUGAACUGGAAUACAAUAUGUUUAAACUGGUGUAUAAUCAUCUAAGUUGUUUUAUUUUGUUGACCCAGAGUAAGCUUUUCAUAUCAACAAAGGAGCAGAUCCCCUUGCACAUAGGCUGCUAUCUUGCACAGUCAUGUGUCUACAGCACCACAGAACAGAAUAUUUUUGUCCUCACAGGCCACCAGCACUUCUGGGGCUAUCAGGGGGUAGACAUACUUCUGAUUUUUUAGAAAAUCUCAACUUUUCGGCUUAAUUCUUUUUAUGUUAUUUUGAUGUCCUGCAAUAAUUACCAUCAUCAUUGUCCACAAUUAUCCCCCCCCCCCCUUUGUUGUUGACAGGUGGUCCGCAGAAGGUUUUAGAUAAUCAUAAGAUCAGUCUGAAGAGGAGAUGUGAAUUUGUGACUGAAGGAACAGAUAAAACAGGAGGUGAAACCCUCCUCAGCACGAUCUACACUGAGCUCUACAUCACUGAAAGACAGAGCGAAGAGGUGAACACUGAGCAUGAGGUAAGACAGCUUGAGAAAACUUCCAGGAUGGAGACCCUCCAUGAGACUCCAAUCAAGUGCCAGGACAUCUUUAAAGCCUUACCUGACCAGCAGAAAAACAUCAGAGUGGUUCUGACCAACGGUGUGGCUGGUGUUGGAAAAACCUUCUCCGUGCAGAAGUUCACUCUGGACUGGGCAGAGGGCUCAGAAAACCAAGAUAUCAGUCUGGUGGUUCUUCUCUCAUUCAGGGAGCUGAACUUGAUCAAAGAUAAGCAGUACAGUCUUCUGAGUCUGCUCCAGGUUUUCCAUCCAACAUUACAAGAGGUCACAGCAGAGACGCUUGCCGUCUAUAAUCUUCUGUUCAUCUUUGACGGUCUGGAUGAAAGCAGACUGUCUCUGGGUUUCGAAGACUCUAAGAUUGUGUCUGACGUCACACAGAAGUCUUCACUUAAUGUUCUGUUAACAAAUCUCAUCGAGGGGAAUCUGCUUCCCUCAGCUCUCAUCUGGAUAACUUGUCGACCUGCAGCAGCCAAUCAGAUCCCUUCUCAAUAUGUGGAUAGGGUGACAGAAAUACGAGGCUUCACAGACGCUCAGAAGGAGGAGUACUUCAAGAAGAGGUUCAGGGAUGAAGAUCUGUGCUGCAGAAUCACCUCCCACAUCAAGUCCUCCAGGAGCCUCCACAUCAUGUGUCAGAUCCCGGUCUUCUGCUGGAUCACUGCAACAGUCCUGGAGGACAUGGUGAACACAAAGCAGAGAGGAGAGCUGCCCAAGACCCUGACAGACCUGUACUCUCACUUUCUGCUGGUUCAGACCAAGAGGAAGAAGCAGAAGUAUGAAGAGGGUCAUGAGACAAGUCCUCAGGAGCUGAUGGAGGCUGAUAGAGAAGUUGUCCUGAAGUUGGGGAGGCUGGCGUUUGAACAUCUGGAGAAAGGAAACAUCAUGUUCUAUGAAGAAGACCUGGAGCGGUGUGGUCUAAGUGUCUCAGAUGCCUCAGUGUUCUCAGGAGUUUGUACAGAGAUCUUCAAAAGUGAGAGAGUGAACUUCCAGAAAACAGUCUACUGCUUUGUUCAUCUGAGCGUUCAAGAGUUUCUGGCUGCAGUCUACUUGUUUCACCGUCACACUAACAGAAACACAAAAGACAUAGAGACUGUUGCAGGAGAGAAUUCCCUAGAUGUCUUCUUGAGAAGUGCCAUGGAAAAAUCUCUUCAAAGUAAGAACGGUCACCUGGACCUGUUGGUUUGCUUCCUUCAUGGGCUAUCUCUGGAGUCCAACCAAAGACUCUUGAGAGGUCUGCUCGGCCAAACAGACAGCGGUCCAGAAAUCAUCCAGAGAGUGAUCAACAACCUGAAGACGAUGAACAGUGUUGGGAUCUCUCCUGACAGAAGCAUCAACAUCUUCCACUGUCUGACUGAGAUGAACGACCUCUCAGUUCAUCAGGACAUCCAAGAGUUCCUGAAGUCAGAGAACAGGUCAGAGCAGGAACUCUCUGAGAUCCACUGCUCUGCUCUGGCCUACAUGCUGCAGAUGUCAGAGAAGGUUCUGGAGGAGUUGGACCUGAAGAAAUACAAGACAACAUCACAGGGACGGCUUAGACUGAUUGCAGCUGUGAGGAACUGCAGGAAGGCUCAGUAAGUCCAGAUGUGGUUAACAUUAAAAUCAGAGUAGAUCACUAGUUUAGUUCUUCAUAUUCAGAUCUUCGAAACGUUAUAAAAUUCUCUAAACUCUUCUCCAUUGUAUUAAGUUUCUUACCUGUACAUUGUCUCAGAUGGUCUCAAGCUGUUUGUAGCAAUUUGAAUUUAUCAUAAAUUGCUAUUGGGGCCCAUCUCUCAGCAGUUGGUUCAUUUGUGCUGCCAGGUUGUCAUAGAGUUAGGUCAGCCUCUUUAGCCAGUAGAUAUGGAUCAAAUCCAGGCCUGAUGCUGUCCAGUUCUUCAUACGCAAGACUUUUUCUUGGAUGUCUGCUACUGUGAUGGUCACGGCAUGUUGUUCAGGGAGAUUCAUGUGGUCUGCUCUUAGAUUGGUUAGUCAUUGUUGUUAUGUGAUGCUUCUUUCUCCCAUAUGCCUUUCCAGUAUUGUUCAGUCUCCAGCCUUGGUGGGUUUGCUCGUGUAUUAUUACCCUGCCACUGCCAAGAGUACACUUUGGCUGGUUCAGUGGAGAACAGCUGGUUUAUUUGUCUGGUCACUGUCUCUCUUGUGUACCUCUUCAGUCGGGUGGCCAAGGCUUGGAGUCUUUGUUUAGCAGUUUCCAAGACCUCAGGUAUGGUCAUCUGUCUGUACCUCUUGGGUGCCUCUUUGGUUGGUUGCACCAUUCUGGAGUUCUGACAAUUGGCUGAGCUCUCUCCGUGUCACUUUGAUCUUAGCCUCCAGCCUUUUCCUCCAUGGUGGGCACUGCCCUUUAUUCUCCUUGGCAUUUACUUAAUGUCCAAGCAUCUCAAGGGCCAGGAGUAGCACCACACAGCCUGGUCCACUGCACUAGUACUUUUAGGAUCCCUCUGAUUGCUUCCUCUGUCUUUCAAAAAACUCUGGUUGACUCUGAGCCUAACUUCAGAAUUACAAAUUUUCACAGAUGUCUAUGAUAAAUAAUCUCAAUGGCCAGUUUCAAAACACUGAACUAAGAACAAGAUUAAAGAAAAUUAAAGUGUGGUAAGCCGGAGAAGUGAAAAACACUAAGACAUAAAGAAGACAGGAGUCUGAGAAAUUGAAUGUGAAAGGAGAAGUGAGCACCCCAUUUAGUUUUAAAGGUACCCAUAUUGGGUUUGACUCAGUAAGUGUGACAAAUCAGGGACAGAAGUGGUCACUGGUCUCCUGCUGCAGCUUUUUUAUCCCCCCCCAGAGUGGCCCUGGAGGACUGAUGCUUGAGCUAGUUCAAAGCUGCAUACAAACUUGGAACCCUCUAAAACCAGUUUGUUUUUUCUACGUUAAGGGCUGCAAGAAAUGAUCACAGUAACAAUUAGAUGAAUGCCUUUUAAUUGAUCUGAUUUUAAGAUCUGAUCUAGCAGUGACCGGCAAUUUUUCCAAUGGCCUAUGUCAAUACUGAUACUGUGGGCGGAUGCUCAAUAUAUAUAAUGCCAAUAUCAUAUUGUUGUUGUUUUAUGUUAUGAACAGAUGAGAAAAGAAAUGUUGACGAGUGAAUAUUUUAUCCCGACCAGUUAGAAUAUUACAUUGUUUGAUAUAUCAGAUAUCAGUUAUUUUUAGUCUAAAAGCUGAGCGUGAUAAGACGGACACCCCGAACUUGUGGUUCAGUAGAUGGUGUUUUCAAGAAUAGUAAUAAAUAAAUAAUUCAGUCUCCGCCAUGUAAGAUGAUCCUUUAUUUAUCUCCUGAGGAAAAUAUCAGCUAUUGCAGCAACACAGACAUAGUAAGUAAGUAAGAAUACAAUAAAAGAGGGAAAAUUAAAACUGUAAUCCAAAAAACAAUCAAAUUAAUAAAGUAAAAUUAUAUAUGAAAUAAAAUAAAUAAGAUAAAAAUAAGUGGUAUAUACAACUGUUCCUGGUACUAUGCAGCUACUGCUUAUAAAAUUAAAAGCUAAAGGAAAAAGUAAUAUGGCAUUUUACUAUAUAUAUAUACAGUAUAUACAUACAUACAUACAUACACACACACACAGAGAGACAUAUAUAUAUAUAUAUAUAUAUAUAUAUAUAUAUAUAUACAGUACAGGCCAAAAGUUUGGACACACUUUCUCAUUCAAUGUCUUUUCUUUUUUUUUAUAUGACUAUUUACAUUGUAGAUUGUCACUGAAGGCAUUAAAACUAUGAAUGAACACAUGUAGAAUUUUUUACUUAUAAAAAAAGUGUGACAUAACCGAAAACAUGUUUUAUAUUCUAGUUUCUUUAAAAUAGCCACUCUUUGCUCUUGAUGACAGAAGUACCUUGUCAGGGUUACUUCAGGCACUCCUGUGAAGUAAAAACCAUUUCAGGUGACUACCCCAUGAAGCUCAUUGAGAGAACAGCGAAAGUUUGCAGCGCUAUCAAAAAAGCAAAGAGUGGCUACUUUGAGAAAUCUAAAAUAUAAAACAUGUUUUCAGUUAUUUCACACUUUUUUCUGAAGCACAUGAUUCCAUAUGUGUUCAUUCAUAGUUUUGAGAAUCUACAAUUUAAAUAGUAAUGAAAACAAAGAAAAUGCAUUGAAUGAGAAGGUGUGUCCAAACUUUUGGCCUGUACUGUAUAUAUAUAUAUAUAUAUAUAUAUACUGUAUAUAUAUGGGUGACACUGGUUAAAGUCAAACACACCACAGGGUGAUAUAAAGCUGUGAUAUAAUGUUUAAAAUAGAAAAGUAUCAAGAAGUUGAUGUUGCAGUGUGGUAGUUAUUAUAUGAUAUUAUUUGAUAUGAUAUUAUAUAUUAUAUUUAAUUAUAUAAUAUUGUAUGACCAAACCAGACCAGGCUGGCACCAGCGGAAUGGAUUACAUGAAGUAGUUGUUCAAUGUUAACAAAUUAAUUUUUUUUUCAGCUGUUUGUCUAAAAAAUAUAUUUUUAAAAAAUCUAAACAUCAGUUAAGGAAUAAAACACAUUGAUGCCUUGGAUAAAAAAUAGACUUGCCUUUUCUUGCUCUGUGCUGAGGUAGAAACAUGGCAGUGCAGGAUGAAUGGCAGCCUGUUUGGGAGGAUAAACAGGCCCAUAAUGUAGAUAAACCGGCCCAUUACAGUCAGUGUGAAAUUGCGAUAUUUACAUCUUUGACAGGUGAAAUUGUUUGGUCUUCAAAUUGAUUUAGUAAACUAGGAGUGUCUUUUUCUAUGAUAAACUGUUGUGUUUUGUUUUUGUCAUGACAGAUUUGAAAACUGUGGACUGUCAAAAACUCACUGUGAAGCUGCAGCCUCAGCACUGAAGUCCAACCCCUCCUUUCUGAGAGAACUAAACAUGAGCUACAACGAGCUGCAGGAUUCAGGAGUAAAGAUGCUGUCUGCUGGUAUGGGGAGCCCAAACUGUCGACUGAAGAUUCUUAAGUAAGUCUACAGAAUUUGCCUUUUCAUAUAUUUUCUACAUGUUUAGUUCUGAUGCUUGACUUGAGUUUGGAAGUUUUUGUUCAUCUGGGAUUCACUUGAUCACAAAUCUACAGAAAUUUAGAAAGUCUUUCUCAGUUUUCCUCAUGGUUGAGCAUCAGAUAAUUUUCAGCAACUUCAGCAAUCAUAGCAUUGAUUAAGUCUAAAAUAGCCUGGAAAUAAGUUUCUCUCAUCAAUUUGGAAGGUUAAGUCAUCUGUUAGUAUCCAGAAGUUUUGUUUGAAACACCUCACACGGGGCACCAAAAUAAUACUGUAGCGAUUCGAAUUUAUAAUAAAUGUCUGAAGAUUAAUAAUCUCAAAUUAUGACAUUUAUGCACUGUUGAAAGGGGCACCACUCACCCUUCAUGGUGGGAAAAUAAAGAAAAACAAAGUUUAAUUCAGAAAUCAAACAUUAAGUCCAUCUUAAAUUAAUCAAUCUCAUAUCUUAAGCCAAAAUUCUUAUUUCAGGGACUCCACUUCUGGAAGAACACUAACAGACAAGAACUUAAUGAUCUAUUUAUUACAGGAUAAAUGAUGGUACAACAUACAUGCAAUAAAUGAUGAUAAGAUAAUGAGGAUAAAUAAUAAUAGAUGAAUAAAUAAAGAUUCUGAGUCAGGCUAGGAGCACUAAAGUUAAUGAUAGUGAGUGAGUAUGCUCUAACAUAUUAACCUACACUAACUUUGGUGUCAAGAUAAAUUUGGAUGUGGAUUUGGAUGAACCUAGGAUUUCCAGAAUAAGUGAAUAUCUGAGUUAUGAACGCAUGAGACAGCAUCAGCUCUGUUUGGAGCUCUGGAUGUUUGCAUACUUAAGUGAGACUGGUCCUUGGAGAAGAUGGAGCAGGUACAGAAGGUCCGGGCUACCGGCGGUUCGAGCGGUUCAGCUCAGAAGACGACUUAGGUCAGCCGUAGGAUGGGCCAGGAGUUGCAGUACUCGGGCCCAAAGCAAAAGCCGGCCCUGUGGAUCCUUUGGAUGCUCGUUUGGAUGCUUCUUUGGUCUCACUCAAAAACUCUGGCACAGAGGAUAACCUGGGCCUGCUGGGUGGCCUUCAGAGGUGACUUUGAAAUCCCCCAGAUAACUCAGGAAAAAAAGGCUCGAUGACCAGUUGAAACUUUUUCAAAAAUGGCUUCGCAAAAUUAAAGAAAAAUCAAUCAAAGGCGUAAUCUUGAAUUGCUAUGCGCACAAAAAGUUGAAGUUUCAAAACUUGAACUAAGACGAUGUUAAAGAAGAAUCAACGUGAAUGAACGCACGGCGUAAAACUUAGAAGACUAAGAAAAAGUAAGACUAAGUAGUAAGAGCUAAGAGAAAACAAAGAAAGAGGAACACAGAAGGGUGUGGACAGUGAGUGAAGAAGUGGGUGUAAGAGAGUAAGGGGGAGUGAGCAACCCCACUUUAUGGUUUUAUCUUCUCACACUUGGAGUGUCUCUGGUGUGUGUGUGUGAGGAGAAAGAGGAGGGGUCGUGGGGUCUCCAUCUGCAGAGGAGACCUCGGAUCUCUGAUUAUUUGAUCUAACUUAUACUUUUGGCUGGUAAAAGAGUCAGAUCUGAUACUCACUCACUAUGAUUAAUAUCAUUGAAUGCUAGGUUUCAUGAUAAAUAAUUUGAUACUAAACACAUGAAUGAAAUGUAGGAUCACAUCAAACAUUCUCAUUAUUUUUUAAGUAUCACAUUGAACAUGCUAAAUUACUCUGAAAUGAAACAGAUAGUAACACAUGGAAACUGUGAACCACAAAUGAGUAAACACAUGUGAAUGAACUUCAUUAUGAUUAAUAAUGGAUUCUAAACACUGACAUUCAGAUUAUUCAGUAACAUUAUAACCACCAAAUUGUUAAAAAUACUAAAUAAACGAUUAAAAUAUAAACCAAACAUUUCUAAGCCAUUUCUGUUACUUAGAGUAAAGUUAUGAUUCACAGUCAAUAAAUUUAACUCCUAAAAGUUCAUGAAACAGUCUGAAAAGCUGUUGGUCUAAAGAAAUGAAAGAAUAAGGGAUUUAUCCUGUCAGAGUGAUAACUCGGCUUCUGGAGCACAUAGAAAAAUGGGAAACAUCUCAUUUUAACACAAAUUUCAUGAUUAGACAGAUUAAUACAUUGCUGAAUGCAUAAGAUGUCAUGAUCAGUCAUUUGUAUUCUUUCUCCGAAGGAGAUCAGUUUUUAUCAGUACAUGGUUGAGCAGGGUUUUACAACCGAGGUCUGGAGGUCAGAGUCCUGCUCCUCAGACCUUAUCUUGGGGUUUGUAUGUUUAAGACAGUAAAUCAGUGAUGGAGUCAGUUUGAAAUGUGAUAAAAACUCUGUCUCUGUUCUCCGAAUUGGCCAAUCGUGAAGAGUCAGAGGUUUGGUCAACCUCCGUUCGUGUCAGUUAGGUAACCUGAAAGUGCAAACAAGUCUGGAAAGAUUUAUAUCCUGUGUCCUGGGACCAGAUAAGGAAACUUUCCUGUGAGGAAUGUGUAAGUUUCACAUACAGGGUUGUCUUGAUUGCUACAGCAUCAAUCUCAUACGUUUUUUUGUCUUAUUUAUGCCCUGUUAUUUUGAUCUCGGCAUCAUUGUGCUGGCCAACCCAGGCUUUUGGCUUUUUGGGAAAUUCAAGACAAUGAGGACCUUUUAGGGUCCAUCUGUAGGCUUCUCACAUCAGUUAGUCAUGCAUUCAUUUCAGUAAAUUUAUGAACUUAAUCAGUGUUUGUGUUUAGUGUUUGAGUUGUUGACCAGCAACAUUUGAAAAGCUUGCAUUUUAGAAAUUGCAUUGGCCCAGUAUUGUCAAUAGGAGAGGGGCAAGAAGAGCUGCUUUCAGCUGGCUGAGAUCACGCUGGGUAGCAUGCACCCUCCUGAUUAAUCUGUAAAAUAUGAGGGUUUUGUUUGAUCUAUCAAGGUUUGGACCUUGCUGACGUAAGAACCUCUUUUGCCUGCUUGUAUUUUUGUCUGCCCCUCUAACAGGCAGAGAGGUGCUGUCAUCAGUUGAGCUUUGUUACAGGAGGAUAUUAAUGGUGUAACAAAACAGCAAAAAGCUACAGGUUUGUUAUGUUUGUCAUGCAUUUUAUGAGACUUGAUAGCGAAUAAUACGGAUGGUGCUUUGACAGGUAUGCAGAGGGGUGCAGUGCAAAUUAACUGCUUAUACUUUAUUGAUCACGGACGGUAACCCUACAUGGACAAAGAAUAAAAAGAGGACAAGGCAAAAAUGAUCUACUUAGGUGGGUGUGAAUAUACCUGGUUGGUCCACCAAAGGAUCCUAUAUGUGUCCACAACAUUGUAACAAACUGUGAUUAUUGACAAAGUAACACUAACAUUAUAUUUAAAACCUACACACAUGUAAUUAUGAAUGCAUUUUAAUCCUCAUCAUUGACCCUUUGUUCAGACUGUCAGGCUGCAGUUUGUCAGAGAUCGGUUGUGCUUCUCUGGCCUCAGCUCUAAAGUCCAACCCCUCCCAUCUGAGAGAGAUGCAGCUGAGUAAAAAUGAGCUGCAGGAUUCAGGAGUGGAGCAGCUGUGUGGCUUUCUGGAAAGCCCAGACUGUGAACUGGAGACUCUGAGGUCAGAAACCAUGUUUUACUUCUGUGCAGGGAUGAAUGUGAUGUGAAAGUGAAACAAGGCUGACAUUAUACAGAUUCACACUGAAGAUCUUAAUGCUUAACUCUGCUUUACUUCUCUCUGGUUAUAGUCCACUGACUGUGGUGUUAGUGUUGUGUCGUUCACAAACUAUUCAUUCAAACGAACCUAAUCUUAAGUGAACUUACCAAACCGAAUCACUUCCUCGAGUGAUUCGUUCGUUCCUCACUUCAGCUCAACUGAAGUGAGAAACAGCUUUGCCGGCGAAUGAGGGACCGCAUGCACCGACGCCUGAAUCACGUGGCGAACGAAUCACUUUCAACGAAUAACUGAAACUAAAGAAAUCUAAAGUUCAGAGCUCUCUUUGCUUUAAGAAAAACAUCUGAGAUGUCUUAUUUCACAUUUCAUGAAGUCACCCUAACUGAAAUUUGGUGUUUUGAGGAGUUACUUACUCAAUAUUUUUCUGCUGGUUUUUGUGUGAGUUUGGCUGCACAGCAUAAUUUUGUGCACCUGUUGGACUUUUGGUGUGAAAUUCUGUGACUUCCUGAUCUUCUAAUGUUUUGUCAGCAUUUAUCAGAUAAACACAAGUAAUACAGAUCCACCAUGUUAGUUCUCCUGCCUGAAGAAUAGAGGUACUGGUUGCUGGUACCUAAAAAUGCAACCAAAGAGCCUUUUUCUCAUAAUUUCUUGUAUAUUUUAAACAUUCCUGACUAUACAUCGGUUCAUCAUAUAUAUUUUAAAGCUACAAGUGCUCAAGAAAUAAAAAUGCAUCAGUAAGUGAUCACCCACCUUUGUUUCCUUAGAGUCACCUCAUCUAUGAACAUCACUGAUUGUAUUAUAAAAAUAAAGCCAAUUAAAUAAAACCUGAAUGUAACAAGAUUAAAGUCUUAUUGUUACAAAAUGAAGUUGUAGUAAAACCAGAUCAGGACAGCAUGGGUAUUACCUUUCAAAGAUGGAAACUCCUAAUGACAAAUUUAUGUUUGAAAACUGACGCUGAAGUUGUCAGUUUUCCGCUGGAUAGGUCAGAGAAGGUAACUUUAUUCUCAUAAUAUUAGGACUUCUUCAUGUUUUUGUUUUUUGGACAAAAACUCAGAUUCACUCAGAUCCAUGUUCCACUGAUUCAUGACAAGUAAGAUCCUCUUUCGGUCAGGUUUUUACGAUCAAAAUCUCUGUCAGUACAAAUUCAUUUGCACACAAGAACAUGGAUUAAACUCACUUUGUCCUCUCUGUUCUUCUACUGGCAUGCCUCCCACAGCCACCCAAAACUAAACAAAACUCAUUUGGUUCCUGCUAGUUUGUCCACUCUGAGCUACUGUAGGAAACAUGGUGGCCUCCAGAGAGAGGACCUGCUGCCUGUUUUAUAUAAAAGACUUUUUCAGAGUCAUUAAAGUCAUUAGAACUGAAAUGAUUAUGAUAUUACAUUCAAGAUAAACUUAUUUAAACAGACAAUGUGCUGAUAAAUUCUACACUAUGUACCUUAAAUAUAAGUGAGACUUCUUUUUUUCACCUUUUGUAUCUGACACAUUUUAACCUGCAUCCUGUUCAGGUGUUCAGAUGUUUGCCGUUUCCUUUUUCUAUCAUUAUACAGCUCUAUACAGACAACAUUAAAGUUUUCACAGGCACACUGUGUCCUAUAGUAACAUGAUGUAUUCUUUAUUUAGGUUAAUGUCCAGCCGUUUGUCAGAGAUUGGCUGUGCUUCUCUGGUCUCAGCUCUGAAGUCCAAUCCCUCCCACCUUAGAGAGCUGGAUCUGAGUGAAAACAAGCUGCAGGAUUCAGGAGUGGAGAAGUUGUGUGCUUUUCUGGAGAAUCCACACUGUCAACUGGAGACUCUGAGGUCAGAAACCAUGUUUUACUCAGUGAUGGGAAAGCCCCUUCUACACUGUAGUGAACUAAGUUAUGGAGUGUAGCAGGCUACAGUCUAAUGAGGGAGAAUGUACCUUUAGUGGACUAUUCUACACAGUUAAAAAACAGCUAAGUGACUGAAAAGCUGAAAAGUCCAGAAAACAGACAGGCUGAUCCUCACUGUGGAUCUCGAUGCCAAAGUGCCCGUCCUUUUUCUUCACUGGUUCAGUACAUUGGGUGCUGCAUUGUUGAGUUUCACAUCUGAAACUUUAACAUUGAAAGGAAAAAUUCUACACUGUGUAAUCUACCCUGAACCUCUUUCACACCUAAUUUCAUCUUUUAUUCCUCAUGUUUUACUCAGAGUUAAUGCCCAUUAUAAUGAGUUAAAUAGAUCAUCAUUAGAUUGCACAAACUAUCAAUAUUUAAUGAAUUAACUUUUUCCAUUCUUUUGUUGACAUUGUCAGCUUUGACUUUAGUUUAAAAUGAAGAUACUUUUCAGAUCACAUUUAAAUAGUUUAAAAUACAGUGCACAUCAGCAGGGUGUGGCCUUAAACAUAAAAAAAAGUUCUUUUUCACUUUUUGUAUUUUACACAUUUUAACAUUCCAUUGCCUUCACGUGUUCGGAGUUUCAUUCUCAGAACUUCUAAAUGUUAAACCUACUUCAGCUUUAAAAGGAUGAUUAAAGAUGGACUGGUUGAAAGAAGAACAUUGAAUUUUAAAGUUGCAUCAUUAAUUCUGUGUUUAGAUUGAUGUCCUGCAGUUUCUCAGAGAUCAGCUGUGCUUCUCUGGCCUCAGCUCUGAAGUCCAACCCCUCCCACCUGAGAGAGCUGCUGCUGAGUGAAAACAAGCUGCAGGAUUCAGGAGUGGAGAAGCUGUGUGGUUUUCUGAAGAAUUCAGACUGCCGACUGGAGGCUUUGAAGUUAGACAUUAAUAUUUGAUCUCUGUGCUGAGAUGACUGAAGUAAACGUGGUGCUGACACUUAACUGCAGAAGGCUGAUAUUACAGUGAUCCUCCCUGUGGAUCCUUAUGUUAGAGUCUGCUUCCUUUUUCUUCACAGGUUUAGUCCAUUCACGGUAGAUGAGCAAUGUAGGGUCACACUUCAAACCUCUAUGUAACAAGGAAAACCCUUGACACUAUUAUUCACCUUUAACCAUUUAACAUUUCUGCUUAUUCAAAGACAUUCAAAACUGUUCCCAUAAAGCUCCUCAGUUAGCCUACUAAAUUCAGGGACAGACACAGUGAUCUUUGUAGGGGCCCUGAUGUAUGGUUUGACACAUUCAGAGCUAAAUGAUUGUUUUUGUUUAGAAGAUGUCCGCACAUUUCUGAGGAUAUCUACCACCAACAUGAUCACGGCUGGAUCCUGUAUUUACUUUACGAGAACAUUUCUCUCAUCUCAUCAUUUCCUAACAUUUUAUCCUCUGCUUGAAAAAAACUCCAAAGCCUUUAAAGCACAGCCCUUAACAGAGCUCACUUUAGGAGCUGAGUGAAGAGGUAAAAUAAUUGGUAAAUAUCAUUUAUCUGGUCUUUAGGGGAAAUUUUUAGAGGAUAUCACGUCUUAUAAAUGCUUCAGAGCUCUUCUUGUAAACUCUCAUCUUGUCUUUAGUUCUAAACAGAUAGUAUAAUUUAAAACAAAUAUAGUAUGCGAUAGUAAAAUAGUUUAUUCUUUUUUCAGAUUGAGAGACUGCUGUUUGUCGGAGAUCGGUUGUGCUUCUCUGACCUCAGCUCUGAAGUCCAACCCCUCCCAUCUGAGAGAGCUGCUGCUGAGUAAAAACAAGCUGCAGGACUCAGGAGUGGAGUGGCUGUGUGGCUUUCUGAAGAGUCCAGACUGUCGACUGGAGACCCUGAGGUUAGACAUCAAUUUUUGACUUCUGUGCUGAGAUGACUUUGUAGUUGUCUGAUGAUGAACUGCAAAAAAACAAAAAGGGCUGUCAUUAUACUGAUCCUCACUGUGGUUCUUAAUGCCACAGUCCCGCUGUCUGCAGUCCUGACCUGUCACCCAUUAAAAACCUUUGGAGUAUCAUGAAACAAAAAUCAAGACAAAGAACACUCUGGUUUGUUGAGCAGCUGAAAUCUUAAAUCAGGCAAAAUUAGGACAUUUUACUUUCAUUCACUGCAUCUGUGAAGUAUUCCCACCCCUUCCCUUUUUUCAACAUGUUGUUUCAUUACAGAAGUGCCCUAGUCUCAUUAAGUAUGGCACAGCAAGCUUGGUAGACCUUAGUUUUGGCAUUUUCUCUGCAGAUCCUCUUAAGCUCUGUCAGGUUGGAUAGGGAGCCUCGGUACACAACUAUUUUCAAGCCUCUUUUUCCAGGAUUUAGAUUUUCUUUUUUGAAGGAAGUUUUUGUUGUUUCAAGUUUUUCCUUUUAUCUGUGCUUUAAUAAAUCUGCACUCGGGUCCUCCCUUACGUUUUUGUUUGUAAUGUGACAAUCUGAAGAUAUUCCUUAUUUUCGUCUUUUUUAGUGGUUCACACUAAGAAGCAUCUCUGCAACACUCCAACCUCAUACAAUAAUAAAUUUGACAAUAGAGAAAAGGGUAUCUUGUGCCAUCCACUGAAGAACUUCAAAGUUAUGUUUAUUAGGAGCUAUCUUCAAGCCCCAACAGGAACUGAGACAUGAAGAGGACAGGGGAGGAUACUGGCAGCUGUUAAAAAUACUGGAACACUAAACUAAUUACCAUCUCACCAAGAGGUUUUACCACUUUAUCUCUAUCUAUUUGAGCAUCACUGCAGACUAUUAGCACCAUACGUCAACCUGAAACUGACUAAGAGUGUGUUAUGUUAAGACUAAGAAGAGUUUAAGUGAUUGAAUCUUUACUGUAGUAGCAGCAUGCUGUCUUUCAUAAUUAUGAGAGCUCAUAUUCACUUUUUGUGUUUCAUGUUUUGAGUUUCCAUUUUCUAAACCUCUACUUUCUCAUCUCUUUAGCUCUAAACAGAAAAUGAUUUAAAAAAACAGUGUCAAACAGGAACUUUGUAUUUUAAUGUCACAUCAUUUAUUCCUUACUCAGAUUGUGGGAUUGCGGUUUGUCAGAAAAAAGCUGUGCUCCUCUAACCUCGGCUCUGAAGUCCAACCCCUCCCAUCUGAGAGAGCUGGAUCUGAACUCCAACUACCUGCAGGAUCCAGGAGUAGAGCUGCUGUGUGGUUUUCUGGAGAGUCCAGACUGUCAACUGAAGACUCUGAGGUCAGAAACUAAGGUUAAUAUAUAAUGAUCCACACAGAGGAUCUUAGUAUUAAAAUCUGUUCUCUUCUUCAUCGGUUUAGUCCAUUGACUGCUGCAGAGAAGAAAAUAUUCAGAGAGCACUCUACUUUGCUGAAAAGUAACUAAAAACAAUAGAAUUAUUAGUAGUAUAGUAAUAUUAACAUUUGCUAUUUUGCACAAUUUCUACUUUGUUGGUAUGUUUUGUCUAUUUUAUAUACUUUACCCUAAACUUUAACUGAAGUUUAUAGCUAAGCUCAAAAUCCUUAAGGUGUGGGAAAUGGACUUAAACAAAUAAGAAUAUAAAUGAGUAAACAAGUAGAUCAUUUUUAACAUUUUCCAGCUGUAUAUGGAUAAUGCUACAUGAAAUAAUGGUACACAGGAACAUUGUUUUCCAGUGUAACAUCACUUGUUCUUUGUUCAGGUUGAAAGACUGCAGUUUGUCAGAGAUCAGCUGUGCUUCUCUGGCCUCGGCUCUGAAGUCCAACCCCUCCCAUCUGAGGGAGCUGGAUCUACGCUACAACAAGCUGCAGGACUCAGGAGUGGAGCAGCUGUCUGAUCUAGUGGAGACUCUGAAGUCAGUACAGUGUUUGAGUCAGUGCUUGAUAGUUUCAUCCUUGUUUCCAAAGCAAAGAUCCUGUUUAGCCAUUUAGAUCGGCUAAACAUUUGUUUUUAUGGUUCAAAUUGAUGUGAAGACAGCUGUUGUUGGUUUAUGUUCAUGUCUAUGUUUACACUGAGUUAAAGUAGGUAGUAUUUCUAGAUAUUUAGAGGCAGUGGUCCUCCUCCAAGCAUCAGAACUGAUCUCAAUUUUGUUUUCUUUAAUUGUAAGGAUUGAUUAAUUGAUGAGUUCAUCUUUGUCGCAGCUCCAAGAUCAGUCUUACUGAAGCAUACAGAUCAUUUUUAUCCUUUAUAUAAGCAUUACUACAUCUAUGCCGAGUCAGACAACAUGAAAUAGGAGAGGACAAAAGUGCACUGACAGUCUAGGAGAAGACUUGUUCAUGUUACUGAACAAGUCAUGAUGGAAAUGUUUAAUGUUUAUUGGAAAAGGUAACUAAUUUGCAGACUUAGAUGUUCCUACAGAUGUCCAGUUUAUCUUGUCCAACAUGACUUUCAUUGAAAAUGAUCAGUUAAAUGAUUGUUAUAGUGGCAUAUGCUUUAACUUGACAUCAAUUAAAAUAUUUAUUUUGAUGUUUGUUCAUGCUGGAAGGAAGAUUAGAACCUGUAGCCAUGAUAGCGCUAACAACUGUAGAAUAAGAGGGGCAUGUACUUUGGAUUUGCUGCAUUGCUGGUUGACAGCUGAUGAGUGGACUCUGGCUUUUAUCUUCUGCUCUCUGUCCUCUUCUCUCAUCAGGUGGAAGUAGUUGCUGCCCAGAAGGUGGAUGUGUUGACAGAAGAUCCGUUGAGUGAGAUGGUCCAGAGAGGUUAAGGCAGCAGCAUCUUGUGAGUGGAGACUCUCAGUGGUCGCGUUACAGCUUCACCCAGCAGAGACUGACUGAGGAAUCACACUAAGUGGAGCAGACUGUGAGAACUGCUCUGAGGUCAGCUCUACUGUCAAGUCCAACAUCCUGUAUGUGACAGAAUAUCUUCACAGUACCUGGACUGCUCUGCUCUUCUACACAGUCUCUGCAGAUAUACUGAGACUCCUUGCUGAGACUCCUCCACCCUCCACCUGGACUUGAACGUCAUUGGUCCUGGUCUUUAUUCCUGAAGCCAGGGUGACUCUGUUUAUGACACUCUAUCUAAAUUUGAAGUUUUGCAAAGAAUUUAAAUGACUGUGAUCUGGUGUCAAACUUGUUUUAACUCUGAGUUCCUCAUAAAGAAGAUAGACUCAACAUCACUUCCUCUGUAUGCUACACCUGAUGUGGUCGAAGACUUCAGAAAUUUUACUCAAGUCUUCAACAGUCAGACUACCAAUUGCAAGUGCUGAUGUGUUUAUCUGCAAAUAGACUUCCUCUGCUUUGGUUUGAUGGUUCCUCUGUAGAGCGACAUUCACAAAAUAUCUCUUGACAAACACACACAUCUCAACUCAUUGCAUAAAUAGACUCAGACAAUUCUUUGGGUAAGGAACAGGAAAAGUCUAACUUCCUCACAGUCCUCUCACCACGGUCUGGACUUCCUGACCAUCAACAAUCGAGUUUGAAUUGCCAAGAUCUCAGAAAACAAUGCUUUGAUAAAACACUAACAGAGACAUGUGUUCUCAUAGUCACGCAGCCUUUAAAUAACUGGAACAGUUCAGAUAUAGAAAAACAUAUUUUAACUCAACGCACCUUUUAAAUAAAUACACUUGUGAUCAUAGUUUACAUACCCUGGCAGAAUUUGAGCUUUUGUGAUUUGGGCGACUGUUAGAUAGCUACUAAAAGUAACCAAAUCGACCUGUCAUUGGCUACAGCAGAAAAAUAAGUAAUGGUACUGGAGAGGCGAUCUUAGUCCCCUGAUCUCAAUAUCGUUGAAUCACUUUAUCCCACCAAGAUUGUUUCAGAGCCAAACCUCGAAAGAACCACUUCUUUGUUUUUGACUACCAAAAAACUGGAUCAAAACCAGAAAAAAAUGGAUCCAGACUAGCACCAACUCCUUACUGGGUUAAGAGAAAGAACCACCCUGAGGAGGAGUGGGAGGCAGGAUUAUUGUGGCCAGAAUUAAACCUUCCAAAAACUUAGUUGAAAAGAUGGACAUGUAACUUAAUGCUCUUCAUAGAAAUCCUGACCAGCAGUCUGCAGAUUUACAAAGCCAGGACUAAGACUGGGAGAAACCUGACUGACCAUCUGUUUAGCCCAAAGCGUUUGAUUAAAUAUAUCAGCUAAAGCCAGAUUGUGUAAGGGAGUUUCUUCAUAUCGAUUUCAGGUAUUAGAAAUAAUCAGUUUCCUGUUGAAUAAACCACAUUAAACCUACUUAUAGCAGCUCCAAGUGCAAUAGUAUGUGUAAGAGCCUAAAUGUAUUUGUUAAGGGUAUGAUUUCUACAAGGUACAUCACUUCUGGGGAUCGACACAGAGGGAUGUCGGGAUUUGGGAUGUUUGGUGGAUUAUUUAAAAACACUGGUGUAGUCAGAGACAAUGGGUUUUGGUAAGCUCUGAUAAUUUUCUGUUGACCGUUUCACUCAUCCUUUUUUACCCUCUUUUUAUCAAAUUACUUUUCAUUUGAAGGCAAAAGUUUUGGAUCCAGAUCAGUGUAAGACUGUAAGUUUUCUUUCCUUUCGAACAAUAAAUCACCUUUAACACUCAACAGGACUGAUGAAUUAAUGAGUCACAGAUGCAAGCGAACCUAAACCCCAGCGGCCUUUCGUUGAAGGAAAGCAGUCGCUACAGUAUAUUUUUAAAUAGAAAAAUAGACAAAGACACAUGGUAGACUGAGUUUUUGUCAUAGACUGUAUAUACUAUAGACAACUUGGUUCCGCUCCCGCCUGUAUACGGAUUUGAAGCGAAAAAGCUCUCAAUAUUUCCGGGAUUUUUCUUUAUUUCCUGAAAACCAGCGCUGCACAGUAGCGUUGUGCGCAUUCACCGGGAGAGUUGCAAGCAGUGGGGAGAAAAAUUUAUAUUCUGUGUAAUAAAUUUCUAAAGUUUGUCCACAGCCACAUAAACUUUGCUGGUGGGAUUUAUGACCUAUACUGCAGCCAAUCAACAGAGGGUGCUGUUCUCGGAGUGGCUUCACCCAGCAAGGAGGCAGACGCUGUCCAUUCUAUAUACCACAUAUGUCAGAGUCAAGGCCCGCGGGCCACAUCCGGGCCGCGAGAAGGUUUUUUACGGCCCCUGGGAUGAUCUUGAUUUAUUAUUAGAACCGGCCCGCAGACCGCAGCAAGCCGGCAGCCCGCAGAUCUUUUAGACGCACCAAUACUACAUUUCCCACAAUGCAACGGUGACGCACCGAGCAGUAGGCUGCUUCAUUUCAAUAUUUAUUAGCACAGCAGUCGUCAGCAUAACAGUAAAAUUAACUUUCAGAUACCCAUCAAAAAUGGCAAAACGGAAGGUGGACACUGAGAACCGGGGGUUUCAAACAAGGUGGGAGUCGGAGUAUAUGUUCACGGAGGUAGCUGGAAAACCUGUGUGUCUUCUGUGUGGAGAAAGUGUGGCAGUACUGAAAGAGUAUAAUCUGAGACGACAUUAUGAAACGAAACACGUUUUUAUUGUAUUUCAAUCCAAUUAUAUUUUAAAAAUAUUUCAGUUGAGUGGAUGAUAGAAAAUUGCUAUUAUUAUUUUUUUCUUUGAAGUAAAUUUAGCCCACUUUUGCUAAAAUAGAAAAUAUAGGCUACUGAUGGUGCCUUGAAUAAUACCGGUUUCUUUCAUUUAAUGUUCAUGUUAUGGGGAUUUUUAUAUAAAGGAAAUUUGUCUUUUGUGUCUGUUGAAAAUUAAAGAUUACUGACAGAGCCAUAAGAAAAUAUUGCUUUAUUUAUCUGAUCAUAUUGGAAUAUAUUUGUUAGGUUUUCAGUAGGUUCAGUUAGGUUCACUAGACUAUAUGCGUCAUUUAAAAAAUUUUCAAUGAACAUUCUAUCAGUCCGGCCCUCGGCUUGUAGCUAAAUUUUUUAUUUGGCCCUCCGUCCAUUUGACUUUGACACCCCUGCUAUAUACAGUCUAUGGUUUUUGUGCGUUACUGGAUCACCAAGAUUGAUUCAUUUUAUUGUAACUCAUGUAUCAUGUUAUACACACUGGUCACAUGUAAUCAUUCGAAAAGUUAAAUCUGAGUGACUAUCAGCUGAAGUUGAAAGAAGUUACUAUAAAAGUAGAGCCAGGACUGUCAAGAUUUCACAUUUCUAUGUACAGUUAUUUUGGCCAUGAAAUAUAAUAAUGUCAAUAAAACACUAUCAGUCAACUUCAGGAAAGGUAAGACAAGGGCAGAGCAGCAUAUUUCCUCAUAAACUUAACCAAUACAUGUUUUUUUAAAAUUUACAUGUAUUAACCAUUUCUGACAGCCUAAUGUUCAAUCUUAUGAUUUGUCCAUUUCUCCACUCCUGUGAUCAAAGUCCCUUUGCCUCAAAAACGACGAAUUCAGCUCCCUGACCAUCAUUAGCUACAAAAAUAGCUAUCAAAAUUUUAUGGGGCGCCGAAUGUAAAAAUUCAGUCACUAUUUAAUAGGUGUAAUUUUGUGAAGAUUUAGCUCACUUUUCUUACACUUAGCUCGCUUUUCUUUCAUUUGAGACAGAGAUUCUUGUAAAACAGCAUGUUCUUUUUAUUUGUUAAAAAUGUGUGGACAUAAAAAAUAAAUCUAAAUCUGAAUGUUAAAUCUAAAUGUUAAUUAUAAAUACAAAUCUUAAAUAUAAAUAUAAAUCUUAUUGCUAAAUCUAAAUGUUGGAUAUAAAUAUAAAUCUUAAAUCUAGAUAUCAAUCCUAAAUAUAAAUCGAAAUCUUCAGUCUAAAUCUACAUAAAAUUUGCUUGUAUUUUUACAAAAAAUUCUGUUGAAGUCGCGAUUGAGCUCGUUUUUAUUUUCUCAACUUUUUCUAAAAUAGUGGAGAAAAGUAUACUAAUCCACUCUCGAUCAUUUAAAAAUGGUCUCAUUAUGCCCUGUGAUUUCAACAUGCCUCCUCCUAGCGCUGUGAACUGUCAGGGAAGCAAAUUUUCAAAUAUACAGUGCACAAAAAUGAGAAAAGAGGGCCGAGCAAACUCAUGAAAAAAUCUUAGAACCGGAAGAAAGCAACGAAGAUUGAUUGCAGACGGUCUGCUGCACUCACACAGGGCUGGGUUAGAGGGAACUUGUUGCGCUGGUUUCUCCUGAGUACCUGCAAACACAUCAGCUGUAAAUUACUCUCAUCUGGCUUCAUUUUCACUAUAGUUCAUGUAACUGGAGAGCGCGACCUGAUCACAUGAUCCAGGCUUACGCAAACAGAAGGGAGAUGUAAAAGUCAUUCCGAGUCGAGGAAGCAGGAAGGGAAGACUAAAGGAGGGUGAGAGUUUAAUCAGUAUUCAUGUCAUUAAAGUGUCAAAGUCUCACGUUUCUUCUGGUGGACCGAGAACUGAGUUAUGUGAACAGUACGGUCCGGAUUACCUGUGAGCAGGAGGCUGCGAACUUUAAAACCUCAAGUUAAAAAAAAACUAGAGAUCUCAGGGAGAGAGAAAGAGCUGGUGAAGCCCUGGCUGUUUUGGUCAAAUUGUAUUGUGAUUGUUCUUUUCUGUUGUCUCGUUUGAAUCACUGUCGUCAAGUCAGCCGCUCCCUUUGAAAAGUUCAGCUGAUGAUAAAUGUGAAGUGCGCAUGUACAGUAUUUGGAUCGUAAAUGCUCUGAAUGUGGCGCAAGUUUUUUUCUUUCUUUUUUUUUAAAUAAUGCGUUAGACUUCUAUAUACAGUCUAUGGUUUCAUGACCAUAGACUGUAUAUACUAUGGACAACUCGGUUCCGCCUACCGCCUGUAUACGGAUUUGGAGCCAAGAAGCUCUCUGUAUUUCCGGGAUUUUUCUUCAUUUCCUGAAACCAACGCUGCGCAGUAGCAAUGUGCGUACUCGGCCGCGCAGUCGCAGACAGUCGCUGUGAUGACGCUCGGCUCAAACAGCGUGUCCACUGGGAGAGCUACGCAAUCCCUGAACGCCCAUAGGCUGUAUCAGGUGUCAAUCAUAGAAAACAUGAACCCCCUAAUAACUUUUAAAAACUGAGCUUCACAGAAAAAAGAGGACUUGAGCACAAACCAGUCUUACAAUAACUACAUGUCAACAUCACAAGCAGCGGGGAGAAAAAAUUAUGUUCUGUGUGAUAAAUUUCUAAAGUUUGUCCACAGCUCCAUUAGCUUUGCUGGCAGAGGCGGGAUUUAUGACCUAUACUGCAGCCCAUCAACAGAGGGUGCUGUUCUCGGAGUGGCUUCCCCCAACGAGGAGGCAGACUCUGUCCAUUCUAUAUACAGUUUAUGUUCAUGACACUUGCCUACCCUUUUAUUCAGCUACAAUGACAAGCAGCACAGAGAUAUUCCAUUUAUUGCUGAAAUAACACUUCUUCCUUAAUUUUAGAGUGUAGUUGAAUAGAAAUCUAUUAGUCAAAUUAUAUACAUUGACUCAGUUCUUUUCAAACCCCUGGCACUAGUAUUAUGAAAAACAUGUGAAUGAGGGAUACUAUAGUGUUGGGAGUGUUGUUGUUUCUUGUCCAAAUAGAUAUUUUCAAGUUUGGCGCAAAAAUGUGAAAAACCUACAUACAGUAGCUAUGAAAGCAACAGGUUCAGACAUAGUAAAUCUUGUCUUAACUGUUUCAAUCAAAAGUCAUUAUAAAAUGGUAAAAUCUAAUUUUGCCCUCUGUGGCGAAAAUAAAUGUCAUGUAACAUCAUCAGUCCAAUAAAAAGUAGGUUGCAAGACUGCAGUCAAACCAGCCUCCACACAGUCAAGCCAGUCCCCACAACACUUAGGGUGCAGAAGUCAGAUUUACUGUUACUGACUGGAUCAAGAUUUAAGGUGAUCUAUCAGUGGGCUUUCAAAACAGCCACUUAAACUUUAGUUUUUAGUAAAAUCUGUUUAACUUUUUCCCAAAGAUUUGAUUUAGUCCAGACUAACAGACCACCUCACAGUAUGAUCCAGCCAAUGAUAAUAUGAUCUGAUGUGGAAUUUUAGAUGGAAAAACAUCUCAUCUUCUUAUUAGUAAGCAAUUUAUAUGGCUGUUUAAAAUUUUUGAUGUGAAUAUCACUCUCAGCAUCAGGCUGUGUGAAUGCCCUAAGGCUGGCUUAGAGUAUGCACUGUUUGUCACUGAUACCCAAUCCCAGGAUCAGAUCCAUGCAUCCUUAGUUUGUAUCAAUGUCAAACUCCAGAUAGGCGAGCUAAUUUUACAGCAAAAACAUGUGUUCUCUGUUAUAUCUGAGCUUCAGACAGUGUUGGUCAAAGUUGGUGUUUUUCAACAAAAUUCAUCAAAUCAUUUUAAUAAUAUGAAGAAAUUUGAUCUUCACAGAGCGAAGAAGAAGAAGAGGAGUCCUAUUUCUGGUAUGGAGCGACCAACCUUCUGUGCUGUGUGUCAGAGCGUCCUGAUGGAUCCAGUCUCCAUCAGCUAUGGACACAGACUCUGCAGACAGUGUCACCUCUGUAAGUGACAAUGAAAAAGAUUAGCAGAAGCAGUGAGGGUUAAUACUGGUGCACUUCAUGCAGAAAUUGAUUAGUUUGAAAAGGGAGAAAAACUGUGAUUGAACUGGUAUUCCCCAAAAGAGAGCCAAUCAUCUCAGCUCAUCAUUAUCAAUCAUCAUCUAUUUCUAGUGAUGUUCUAUUUAGUUGUAAAAAAAAAAAAAAGUAUUCCUUGAAUGAAAAGUUAUUGUUAAAAAUUUUCUACCUCACACGUUUUUUUUUUGUUUUUUUUUCAAUCAGCUGCUUUAUCAGCUUUCUAUUUGGGAGCUGUAGUGCAUUACAGAUUCUCAGUGCUUUGGUGGUAGUUCCUGAUGACAAAAAGGUCUGUGAGGUAUUACGUGAACAUAUUCUGCAUGAUUUGAUCAGUUUGGAAUGUUGUAGUGGUAAAGAGACAACUACAUUGAGAAGUUAAGAUGGGAAGCUGUCAAGGGUCAACGUGUCAUGUGCACAAACAUACAGUCCAAGGUUAGGAAGGAAAGAAAUAUUUCUGUUAUUCACAAAACCUUUUUAACCUUUGACACAUUUUAGAUCCUUUUAUUAAUCUUCUGUGUAAUAAAAAUAAUCUCAAGGUUAUCAGGGGAUAUUGUUUCCCCCCCUUUGUUGUUGACAGGUGGUCCGCAGGAGGUUUUAGAUAAUCAUAAGAUCAGUCUGAAGAGGAGAUGUGAAUUUGUGACUGAAGGAACAGAUAAAACAGGAGGUGAAACCCUCCUCAGCACGUUCUACACUGAGCUCUACAUCACUGAAGGACAGAGCGAAGAAGUGAACACUGAGCAUGAGGUAAGACAGCUUGAGAAAACUUCCAGGAUGGAGACCCUCCAUGAGACUCCAAUCAAGUGCCAGGACAUCUUUAAAGCCUUACCUGACCAGCAGAAAAACAUCAGAGUGGUUCUGACCAACGGUGUGGCUGGUGUUGGAAAAACCUUCUCCGUGCAGAAGUUCACUCUGGACUGGGCAGAGGGCUCAGAAAACCAAGAUAUCAGUCUGGUGGUUCUUCUCUCAUUCAGGGAGCUGAACUUGAUCAAAGAUAAGCAGUACAGUCUUCUGAGUCUGCUCCAGGUUUUCCAUCCAACAUUACAGGAGGUCACAGCAGAGACGCUUGCCGUCUGUAAACCUCUGUUCAUCUUUGACGGUCUGGAUGAAAGCAGACUGCCUCUGGGUUUCGAAGACUCUAAGAUUGUGUCUGACGUCACACAGAAGUCUUCACUUAAUGUUCUGUUAACAAAUCUCAUCGAGGGGAAUCUGCUUCCCUCAGCUCUCAUCUGGAUAACUUCUCGACCUGCAGCAGCCAAUCAGAUCCCUUCUCAAUAUGUGGACAGGGUGACAGAAAUACGAGGCUUCACUGACGCUCAGAAGGAGGAGUACUUCAGGAAGAGGUUCAGGGAUGAAGAUCUGUGCUGCAGAAUCACCUCCCACAUCAAGUCCUCCAGGAGCCUCCACAUCAUGUGUCAUAUUCCGGUCUUCUGCUGGAUCACUGCAACAGUCCUGGAGGACAUGAUGAACACAGAGCAGAGAGGAGAGCUGCCCAAGACCCUGACAGACCUGUACUCUCACUUCCUGCUGGUUCAGACCAAGAGGAAGAAGCAGAAGUAUGAAGAGGGUCAUGAGACAAGUCCUCAGGAGCUGAUGUAUUCUGACAGGAAAGUUGUCCUUAAGUUGGGGAGGCUGGCACUUGAACAUCUGGAGAAAGGAAACAUCAUGUUCUAUGAAGAAGACCUGGAGCAGUGUGGUCUAAGUGUCUCAGAGGCCUCCUUGUUCUCAGGAGUUUGUACAGAGAUCAUCAAAAGUGAGAGUGUGAUCUUCCAGAAAACUGUCUACUGCUUUGUUCAUCUGAGCGUUCAAGAGUUUCUGGCUGCAGUCUACUUGUUCCACUGUCACACUAACGGAAACACAGAAAUACUUGAGGCUUUCUUAGAAGACCCCUUUUGCAUCUAUUUGAAUCGGAACUCAUCGCUGCAGGACUUCCUGGGAAGUGUCAUGCAAAAAUCUCUUCAAAGUAAGAACGGUCAUCUGGACCUGUUAGUUCGUUUCCUUCAUGGUCUCUGUCUGAAGUCCAACCAGAGACUCCUUGUAAGUCUACUAGGCUGGACAGACAACAGUCCAGAAAUCAUCCAGAGAGUGAUCAACAACCUGAAGACGAUGAACAGUGACGAGAUCUCUCCUGACAGAAGCAUCAACAUCUUCCACUGUCUGACUGAGAUGAACGACCUCUCAGUUCAUCAGGACAUCCAAGAGUUCCUGAAGUCAGAUAAUAGAAGUGAGAGACGAUGGAAGAUUCGCUCUGAGAUCCACUGCUCUGCUCUGGCCUACAUGCUACAGAUGUCAGAGGAGGUUCUGGAUGAGUUGGACCUGCAGAAAUACUAUGCAACACAAUGUGGACAGCAAAGGCUGGUUGCAGCUGUGAGGAACUGCAGGAAGGCUCGGUAAGUUCAGACGUGAUUAAUAUUAAAAAUCAAGGUGAGUGAUAUUUAAGCUUUAAAAAACAACUUCUACAUUUUUGAUUACUCUUCAAAUAGUGCUUUACUUUGUUAUUGCCUGAAAAUAUUUUACUGAAGGGCUGAGAAGUGAGAGGAAUACGCUAUUGAAAUCCUGAGGAUCCUGUCAAUAAUCCCUCAUUUGAGGGCUUUGGCAAACCUGAAGAGUCUUCCUCAUGUCUUGUGAACUAUUUGCAAUCUUAUGAGCUUUAAAUACAGGCAGGACAAAGUCACUCUGUAACACUACCAAUCAAUUCCCAAAAGCCAUUCACAUUUAGCUUUUUUUCAGAUGCAGACUUGAUAUUCGCUCGACGUAUCCAGGUUCCCAUGACUAAAAAAAAAAAAUUCUAAGUGUCAAGAAUAACACUGCUUUGAAGUUGAAGUGGUAGAAGACUGUUAAUGUGUCUCAUGAAGAGUAUUCAGGAUCUCAAAAUCAGUCAAAUGAAUGUGAUUAUGAUUUCUGCCAUAACUGGACAGCCCUUUAACGCAUGCUUGUGUGUCAUGACAGACUUGUUGACUGUGCACUGUCAGAAAUUCACUGUGGAGUUGUGGCCUCAGCUCUGAAGUCCAACCCCUCCCAUCUGAGAGAGCUGGACAUGAGUUGCAACAACCUGCGGGAUUCAGGAGUGGAGCUGCUUUCUGCUGGACUGAAGAGUCCAAACUGUCAACUGGAGACCCUUAUGUGAGUAAAGCAGCGAUGAGUUUUUAGUCUUAGUUCUACUCCUGGUUAGGCUUUAUCUUCAGCCAGAUGAUGGCAGCUCUCUGUGUGGAGGAUGGGAACAGUCUGCUUGAAUAAACUGAACCUUUCAUAGAUUGGAUUGCUGCAAUACUUCUACAACUAGUAGUACAAAUACUACUACUACAAAUACUAACAAUAUUAAUAUCAAGAUUAAUUAUGAUAAUACAUUUACAGAGUAUAUAUGCCUUGCAAACUUGCAAAUCUCCCUCCCAAAUAACCUACUGAAAUGCCCGAAAAAGUGUAAGAAGGAGGUUCUGUAAUAAAUAAAAUUAUCAACAAUAGUUAGUUCAUUGUCUCAGCUCUUUUAAUGAUUCAUGUUAAUCUCAGUGCUGACAAAAUACUGUAUGUUCAUGACUUUUUCUCACACAGAUGAAGGUUUAGUCCUGUCCAUGAUAUGAUGAAAAAAUAAAAAUGCUGCAGGAGGAACAUCUGACAUUCAAAAUUUGUCUGAUUUUCCUGUUGAACAUCUAAUCCUUCAUCUGAGUUAGUCCUGCCCCCAUGCUUCUUUCUCAUUUCUGUGAACUUUUCCAGCUGCUUGUUGAUUAAGGUGUAACCAGCUACCGGGAGAUGUCAGUUUAAUGUUUAAUGUUUGCAGCUUUUUGUCUGCUAAUACCAUUCAUGGCUCUGUGUCCCAAACCUCCUUAUCCACAUUUGGAGAUAUUUUAGAGAGCAAACUUAACUUGAGAUUUGGCAGUAACAAUGAACUAUAAAUCAUCGAAGAUUAAGAUGCAGAUGAGAGUUGCUAAACUGAGUGCCUGUCCAGAGAUGUCCACAAAAAAGAGAAGUCCAAGAAAAAAUACUUGAUUACUGCCACAGACAGAAUAUCUGACUUAUCUUGGUAGAUAAGCAGGGACAGCACAGCAGCACUGCAAAGUCUGAACAAAGAGAAAUCCAGGUAUUACUCAAGUUUAAGUGUUGACUCAAACUAAAGGGCUUUUGAGUCUCAAGACUAAAACUUAGACUAAUAUUAAAAGAAGAAAACUAGCAAAGUCAACAAUGUGAUAAUCCUCAGAAACAGACUUGACUCAGGUAGGCAGUCCUGUCAAAUGGAUGAAGUAAAAGGUGUUGUUUUGACAUUUAAAAGAUGACCCUAAAUAAUUGAUCGGCAGUAACUCAAUGGAAAGGUCAGUUACAAAAAUUGUUAUGCAAAGUUUCCCACUUAAAACCACAAACAGAUUAUAUUUGUAUUUUUAUCAUCAUCAUUUGUUCAGAUUGGAGGACUGCAAUUUUUCAGAGAUCGGCUGUGCUUCUCUGGCCUCAGCUCUGAAGUCCAACCCCUCCCAUCUGAGAGAGCUGGGCCUGAAAUUAAAUGAGCUGCGGGAUUCAGGAGUGGAGCAGCUGUGUGGUUUUCUGGAGAGUCCUCUCUGUUUGUUGGAGACUCUGAGGUGAGACACCCAUAUUUUUCUUACGUCUAUGUUGAGGUGAAUCUGAUCCGAGAGAUGUGCUGACAUUAUACUGCAGAUUAAAGGCUGAUAUUAUAAUGAUUCACUUGUGAUUUCUUGUGAGUACUGCUCUUAGUAGCUCACUGAAGGAGGCACAAUCCCUCUCUGGGUAUUGGUACCAUAAAACACAAGCAGACACAAGGCCUGUUGUACCCCUUUUGCCUGAGGGGUACCAAGACCUCUAUCCAUUCAUACUUCAGGAGAGUCCAAGAGGAGGAUUUGAGACAGUUGUAACAAUAUGAACACAGUUUGAAGGGUCAUACAACUUAAGAGCCCUAGAGAUCCUUAAAGUAAAUGACAAUAUUCUGUUUAUAAUCCUAAAGCUUUUAUUCCAGACAAAUAAAACCUUCUCUGUUUCCGCCUAUAUCUAUUUCAUUUUAGUUUUUUUUAUCACAUUCUGGUCUCAUUUAACUUUGUGUCCACUUCUUUGGAGUCAAACGUUUUUAUGCAUAAAACUAACUCACUUCAGUUUUUCGAACUGCAGGCACACACAUUCAGCUAGCAGUAAUGUCUCCUUCAAAUGCCAAUACCUGCAGUGCACUCUGGUUUCCUUGGUGUGUCUUAUUUGGUCCGUGUACACAUGGAAAAAGGAAUUGGGAGGGGAGAGACAGUCUCAAGACAAUAAGAGAAGUGUUACCUCAAGCCUAUGCUUAAUAGCUUGUUGAUUAAAAGUGAGCACUUGUGUAAAUGAAGAACUGAUGUCACUAAAUCUUCACUAAGGUUUUGUCAUUUUUUCAUGGUUUAGAUUGGAGGCCUGCAGUUUCACAGAGAUCGGCUGUGCUUCUCUGGCCUCAGCUCUGAAGUCCAACCCCUCCCAUCUAAGAGAGCUGGACCUGUGUAGCAAUUACUCACAGGAUUCAGGAGUGGAGCAGCUGUGUGGUUUUCUGGAGAGUCCUCUCUGUAUGUUGGAGACUCUGAGGUGAGACACUCAUAUUUUAUACUUCUAUGCAGAGAUGAAUCUGAUGCGAGAGUUGUGCUGCUAGUAGUUCUCCGAAGGAGGCAUAAUCCUGAUGAUUAAAGGAUGAUGUUAUUCAGUGGUCCUCUUUGAUGUUGGAUCUUUUUUUACCCUGAUCUCCAUUACAGACUAUUAAGCACUUCAACAUGUAGUAGAACUUUGAACAGAUUAUGUAAGGGAUAAUGUUAGAGCUGGAGGAUUUAUGAGGUUUCAAUUUCAAUGGUGAUUAAGGCUCCCCAUGAUCAUAAAAAUAUGAUAAUUUAGACUGAAUGAUGAUGUGCUGCUUGCUGUGUCACACUCAUUUUGCUCUAUAUGAUCAAUGAAGUGUAGCUUCCCUGUAACUCUGUCUGAGUCCAUAGCUCUCUGUGGUUUAUGGUCAACUUGUGUCUGAUUUCCCUGGUUUGGUCGUGUUUUGACAUCUCUUUCUCAUAUCUGUGUUGUGUCCUGCUUCUCAUCUUUUUUCCUUUGCCGGCAACUUCACAACCAUUAACCACCAAAGCUGCUUUACAAUUGAGCGUAAGACUAAUAAAUAUACCCCAUGUUAUUCAAAGAUGCUUUUGGAAAGUAAAUGUAUCUCACAUUGUCAACAAAAAAAAAACAUUAAUAGUACAGGAGAGGUGCUGUAACAGUUUUUUCACAGAUGAAUCUUUCAGCUGAUUAACCGCGGUCAAUGAAUGACAAUUGAAAUCACAUCAGAUCUGCAUCAGCCCUCCAAAAGAAUAGACAACAUUCUGUUUAUUUGAAUCAGUGUUCACCUAAAUUAUGCAAUCUUCUUUCUCUUUUUUUAAGAGUUAUGAAAUUGUUGUAUUUUUUACAUGGAAAAACCUGUUAUUGGAUUAUAUAUCAGUCAUGAGUGGACCUGCUCUCUCAUUGUUGGUCAACCACUUAUCAGGAUGAAUUACUGUUGUCACUUAUGAGCCAAGCACAGCUGGGUAAUCACUUUAAAAGAGACUGAUCCUAAUUUGAUACUUUCAAACAGCACUACUGUCACUACUACUAAAUAAAUGUGAUUUAUUCUUUAUUCAGACUGGAGGACUGUGAACUCUCAGAGAUCAGUUGUGCUUCUCUGGGCUCAGCUCUGAAGUCCAACCCCUCAUAUCUGAGAGACCUGAACCUGAACUCCAAUGACCUGCAGGACUCAGGAGUAAAACAGCUGUGUGGUUUUCUGGAGAGUCCUCGCUGUAUGUUGGAGAUCCUGAGGUCAGAAAUCUUUUCUCCUCCUGUGCUAAGAUUUCUGGGUUGUGGUGUGAAAGUCAUACUGACUCUAAACUGCAGUCAAAGGCUGAUAAUGCAGUUUUGGAGUCUGUUUAACCACCAGUUUAGCAUGCCAGUACUGUUAACAAGGGGUUAUCAAGGGUUUCUGACCAUUCAAAAUCAGGUAUUUAACUCAGCAAGAAAGCCUGGUAUUAAGGUGGACUUAAAUCAUCACCUUUCACUCUUCAUUCAGACUGGAGAGCUGCAGUUUGUCAGAGGACAGUUGUGUCUCUCUGGCCUCAGCUCUGGAGUCCAACCCCUCCCAUCUGACACUGCUGGAGCUGAGAAACAACGGUCUGCAGGGUGCAGGACUGAGCCGGCUGUGUGAUCUUGUGAGGAACCCACACUACAGACUGGAGGACGUGAGGUCAGUAGAAGUCAGUCCGUGCUGGUUUUAGCUGUGUUGCACUAACCACAGUUAGUAUCACUGCAAUGAUGCUGUGUUGCCUGCUAAAUCUAAUUAGAUCAUAAUGAUCAUUUCAGGUAUAAUUCAAACCCUCAGGAACAACCAGCUCUGUCCUCCAGUCAGUGUCCAUAAAAUUAUUACAUUGACUAUCUGGCUUUAUUCCUCAUACAAGUAUUUAAAUGUUUCUGAGUAUCUACUUCAAAUUCUAAUAAAAGUGGAUCAUUACUGUUUUUUUUCUCUCUUUUUGUAGUUAUGAUUCGUUCAGGGUCUCUCAGCAGCUCAUGUCCACAGUGUGCCAGCGUCCUGUUGAGAUGUCUAUGCUGGUCUCUAAACUGGACAUGCUGACUGAUUAACACUGAUGUAUUGUUCCUUUUGUCUGUCCUCUUCUCACAGCUAUUGGAAGUAA